AUGGACGACGACGGCGUGGUGACGGUGCAGUCGUCCAUGGAGCGCAACGUGGACGCGCGCAAUGAGAAGGGCGCGGCGCAGGCGGUGCUUGAGGCCAUCUACGGCCGAGAGUUUAUCAGGAAGUUCCCCGGCUGUCUGAGCCUGGAGGCGCUGCAGCGGCGCGGCAACAGUGUGACGGCGCUGGUCGGCUGCGGCAAGCGCAUCAACGAGGGCAGCGCCAAGGAAUUCAGGAAGCAGCUGGGGGUCUACGCAGACAGCCACAACCAGAGCGGCCUGCCGCAGGCGUGGCCGCUGGUGCGGCUGUGCCGCAUCUCCCACAACUGGGAGGUGCUGCGGGGCGGCGCGGUGCUGGUGGACCUGCCGGGAGUGAGGGACGCCAAUGCCGCACGCGGGCGCGUCGCGGAGUCGUACCUGAAGCAGUGCGGGGCGGUGUGGGUGGCGGCCGAAGUGACGCGCGCGGUCGACAACGCGUCAGCCAAGGACCUCCUGGGGUCGACCUUCAGGCGAGGCCCCGCGCGCCAGAUGCUGAUGGACGGGCAGUACUCCAACAUCUCAUUUGUCAGCGAGAUCGUGCUGAACCUGGGGGCUUGCGAGAUCUGCGAGCGCAGCGGCACCAGCCCCGAGGACUUUGCUGCGCUGGACGACGCCAUCAGGGGGCUGCAGGGCGACCAGGAGGGGCUGGAGGGAGAGCUCACGAGGCUGGCGCGACAGGUGCGUGUUUUUGAUCACCGUGUGUAA